AUGAGAGGCCCUGUGCUCCUCGCCGGCCUUCUGCUGGUCAGCCUGGCCCGGGCCCGCGUGUCCGAGAACUCAGACAGCAGCCUGAACCUGGAGCCCCUGACCGCCCAGUUCGCUCUGGAGAACCCUGGCCAGGCGUUCUCGCAGUGGCAGAUGACCCAUGGCCGGUCCUAUAAGAGCGCAAGCGAGGCCCGCAAGCGCCAGGCCGUGUUUGUGGAGAAUGCAAAGCAUGUGGCAGAGCAGAACGCCCGCAACUCGGGCCUCGUCCUCGCCCUCAACCAGUUUGCUGACCUGACCCUCGAGGAGUUUGCGGCCACCCACCUGGGGUAUAACCCCUCCCUGCGCGAAGGCAAGGAGCACACUACCACCUCGUUCCAGUAUGCUGACGCUAAUGACCUGCCGUCGACGGUGGAUUGGCGUAAGAAGAACGCAGUGACUCCGGUGAAGAACCAGGCCAUGUGCGGCUCGUGCUGGGCGUUCAGUGCCACUGGCGCCGUGGAGGGCAUCAACGCCAUCCGCACGGGCAAGCUGGUCAGCCUGAGCGAGCAGCAGCUGGUGGACUGCGACAGUGAGAAGGACCUGGGGUGUGGUGGCGGGCUCAUGGAUUUUGCGUUCGACUACAUCACCAAGAAUGGCGGCAUCGACAGCGAGGAUGACUACAGCUACUGGGGCUAUGGCCUCAUCUGCCAGCGCCGCAAGGAGGCCGACAGGCAUGUUGUGACCAUAGACGGGUUUGAGGAUGUGCCAAAGAACGACGGCGAGGCACUGAAGAAGGCCAUUGCGCACCAGCCCGUGUCCCUCUACCACAGCGGCGUGGUGGGCGACGACGCGUGCUGCCAGGACCUCAACCACGGCGUGCUGGCGGUUGGCUACGACGAUGGCUCCAAGGGCGGCACCCCCCACUAUGUCAUCAAGAACAGCUGGGGCGAGGGCUGGGGCGAGCAGGGCUUCUUCCGUCUGGCCGCCAAGUCGAGCGAGGCCUCGGGCGCGUGCGGCGUGUACAAGGCCGCCAGCUACCCGCUGAAGAAGGACGCCACCAACCCAGAGGUCCCCACGUUCUGCGGCUACUUUGGGUGGACUGAGUGCCCCGCCAACUCGUCUUGCGAGUGCAGGUGGUCGUUCCUGGACCUGAUUUGCUUCAGCUGGGGCUGCGGUGCCAAUGACGCAUAG